CUGACGAAGAAGUAACAAUGGAGGAUGCUUACGCUGAAGAUGGAGAACAGCACAACAAGGAUGACGAGGUUUCUCAUGUUCAUGCUGAAGAUGGAGAACAGCACAACAAAGGCGGUGAAGUUGCUCCGGCCCUCAUCUCCGUUCACCCAACUCAGAAUUCCGUUGCAGUCGCCGUUGGUUCAGACCUUCGAGUCUUCGAUCUCAUAGGGGAUUGUGGGGUUACUUUGGUAGAUGAAUCUAGUGAACCUUUUCAUAAAGAUUCAAUAAGGGCUAUGCGCUAUGGAGCAAAAGGAAAGCUUUUUGUAUCUGCUGGAGAUGACAAACUUGUCAAGAGUUGGUCUACGGAGUCUUGGCACUGCAUUGCUACAGUGUGCUCUGAGAAGAGAGUGAGUGCAGUUGCUAUAAGCAAUGACGGUCUUCAUGUUUGUUUUGCUGAUAAAUUUGGAGUUGUUUGGGUUGUGGAUUUGCUUGGGCUUGAGAACAAUGAAGCUCCAGUCAAUAAGAAGGCAGUAGCAAUGCUCGCUCAUUAUUGUAGUAUCAUCACUAGCCUUGAGUUUUCACCCAAUGGACAAUUUAUUAUUAGUGCAGAUCGUGAUUUUAAAAUUCGUGUUACUAUUUUCCCCAAGAAGCCUCUAGAUGGAGCUCAUGAAAUACAAAGUUUUUGCCUUGGCCAUACAGAGUUUGUUUCCUGCCUUGCCUUCAUCUGCACUCUGGAUCACCCCGAAGGUUUUCUGGUGUCUGGCAGUGGUGAUUCAACAAUUUGUUUGUGGGACAGUAUAUCUGGAUCUCUCCUUGAUGCCUGUGAAGUUGCUGCAAAGGCAGGACAUUUAAAGUCUGAUGGAAAUGAAGAGGUCCAUGCCACUGUUACUGAUCUGUGCACCAUCCAAGAUUGUACUCUCAUUGCUGCAGCUAUUCAAAACCUGCAAGGAAUAAUGUUGCUGAGCUGUGACCUUUCUUCUCGAGCUCUUUCUAUUGUCAAGGUGGUCUCCAUCACAGGAGAGACUUUCAUUCCAACAAGCCUUGGCAGUAGUAUCACAGGAGAAUUGUUAUGGAUGGUAACCGGUGUCUCUAACCUGCCUGGUUCUGCCCAUCCCUCUUUCUCACGCAUGAAGGUUAUUUCUUGUUUCAAGGAAAGCAGCCUUGCUUCCGAAGGACAUGAACCAAUUGUGUUGGAAGAUAAUGAAAUACCUGGCGGAACGAAACUCCUUGAGAAACUGCAGGGUGGUGUUUCUAUUGAUGAAAAAGAUGUCUUGGCUGCUGCAGAAGCUGUGAAAAGAUCAAUGUGCAAUUUGUUAAUUAAAAAGCAGUAUCCCGAAGAGAAUCGAGAAUUUAGAAAGAGAACCAGAAACGAUAGGAAAAUCAAGAGGUGAAUGGAUUUUUGCCCCUUUCCUUAUAACUGAGUUUUGGAUGCAUCUGACUGUUGGUUGUAACAUUAGUUAUCUUUUCUCGGCCGUGUAACAUUAGUUAUUUAUGUACUACAUGAAUGAGUAUAGUAGUUUUGAGUCCUGAGAUGAGUUGAUUUUUGAAGGUGAUUGUUACCAUAAGGCAAAUAUCAAUUAUCUCCUUGACCAUAUCGUUUGUCAGGCGCCUAUUGAUAUUUGCUUUCACAUACCUUUUUCUGCCA